UCGGCUAGUGGUACGCACGCACGGCUCCUAGUAUACACGCGGCCGAAGUUUUUUCCGCAGAAAAUCAUGAAAGUUCGUCGCGAACGGUUGUGUCUUGCGAGAGAAACCCAUCCCCGACCGAAACAUACAGCAAUAGGACCGGCGUUUCGCGAAGUUUGUAUUUUCGAGACCACGCUAUCCGAGUUAAGUGUUUAGCUUCCGGAAAGCGCAAUCAACGAGUGCAAGCAUAGUAGGCAGUGAUGUGCAGUGAUAAUCAGUGUGUACUUUGAUCGAGAGUGUUUGAAAAUAUCCGCCCAGAAACGUGCAUGGUUUUUGGGGUUGCCGGCGUCGGUCAUUAUUUUCAAACUGUUCCAAAUCCACCAUCCAACCGGUCGGUCCUACUACGCACGAACUCGGGCAGGAGAAAUUCAAACCAAACCACGGUGCAAUUUUGGCACUAAUAAGAGAAAAGCCUGUAGUGAAUUGGGCGCUCGAAGGUGGAAUCGCAAUGAAAUGGAUUUAAAUUAGGCAAAAAAAAAAAACGAAAAACUGUGCCAUUUGAUCGUUGUUAUGCAUUAUCGAUAAAAGAGUGUGAAGCAUAUCGACAACGCCAGUGGGAAAGUGAAAUUGAUUGUGUAAACCCAGGGCUAGUGAGUUUCUAGUGGCCAGUCUAGUGUAGUGUAAAUAAAGCUGAAUUUGGGCAAAACACAGAGCAGUGCACCACAGACAGCUCUGUGCCGGUAAAGGCAUACACCCCGGAGAUUUCUCUGCCUUUCCUUUCGCGGAAGUAAAACACCCCUAAAAACAUCCACUUCAUCCACUGAUACGAUCAAGAGAUCCUUCUCCUGUGCGAUCGGCUGCAGCGUAUCUGGCGAGGGAGUCUCCCGGGGUGGGGGGUAGUACACGCGCCUUUGCUGCUAGUCCCGGUGUCACCACGGUAAGUGGUGACGAGUACAGACGAGUUCGAAGAUGUCCUCAUCGCCCCGCCUCACCGGUUACACGCUGCGUCCCUCGGAGACAUCGACCACGGUGUCGGUAACACUGAACAGCUGCGGCACGGGCAUCAAGAAGCUGAGUAUCAACGACAGCAUCAAGUCGGCCGGCAGCAGCACCAACUCGGGCGGAGAGUCGACCGAUCCCCUCGAGUCCGAUUUCAGUGGAGAAGAGGAGGAAGAGGAAGAGGAAGUGGAUGAAGACGAGGCAGAGGAAGACGAAGACGAAGACGAGGAGGAAAACAGUGUUCGGCAGGAUCACCGGAAGGGGGAUAGCAUCCAUCCGAGAUUAGAGUCCAAGGAAAGUGUGAAACAAACUAAACAGAAGAAAGAAGAAGCGGAAGACGAAGAGGACGAGGAGGACGAGGAAGAGGAGGAGGACGAAGAGGAGGAGGACGAAAGUUCGGACAACGAACGCAAAAGUCACACAACACCCGUCGCAAAGCCUAGUAUAAAUCGUAAACAGAUUUCCCUCUCGUCGGUCGACGACAUCGACGACGAUCAAGAGGAAGCGGAUCGCAAGGAUCCCGUAUUCACGAAGCAGCCACAGCAGCAGCAGCAGCAACAGCAGCAACAGCAGCAUCGCAAUGUCGUCGGAAACCAGCGUCAGCGACUACGAAGCUCUGAUAGUGACGACGACGAUGGUGUUGAUAUUCGGCGCGGUGGCGAUAGCGAUGAUGAUGGUGGCGAUCUAUCUGAUAAGAAUAAUAAUAUCGGCGGAGCAGUUCGGCGCAAACAACCGGAGGACUAUGCUCUGGAUGAUUUUCAAAUACUGAAAACGAUAGGAACUGGCACGUUCGGUCGGGUGUGCCUGUGCCGCGAUAAGAUCACCGAUAAGCACUGGGCCAUGAAAAUUCUGGCGAUGGCCGACGUCAUACGGUUGAAGCAGAUCGAGCACGUGAAGAACGAGAAAAACAUUCUGCGUGAGAUCGACCACCCGUUCAUCGUUAACAUGCGCUGGAACACCAAAGAUGACUGCUGCCUGUACAUGCUGUUCGAGUACGUGUGCGGUGGAGAACUGUUCUCGUAUCUGCGAAAUGCCGGCCGGUUUGAUGCCGCAACGGCCAACUUCUAUGCUUGCGAGAUCGUCCUGGCGCUCGAGUAUCUGCACUCGCUGUCGAUCGUGUACCGAGACCUGAAGCCGGAAAAUCUGCUGCUCGAUCGCGACGGUCACCUGAAGAUCACUGACUUUGGGUUCGCCAAGAAGUUGAAGGAUCGCACCUGGACGCUCUGCGGUACGCCCGAGUAUCUGGCACCGGAAAUCAUCCAAUCCAAGGGUCACAACAAGGCCGUCGAUUGGUGGGCGCUGGGUGUACUGAUCUAUGAGAUGGUCGUUGGCUAUCCACCGUUCUAUGAUGAUAAUCCGUUCGGGAUUUAUGAGAAGAUUCUUAGCGGUAAGAUCGAAUGGUCCCGCCACACCGAUCCCAUCGCCAAGGAUCUCGUCAAGAAGCUGCUGGUACUGGAUCGUACCAAACGUUUAGGCAAUAUGAAGAACGGAGCGGAAGACGUGAAAAGACAUCGAUGGUUCAAGCAUCUGGACUGGAAUGUAGUGAUACGAAAGCAGCUCAAGCCACCCAUAGUUCCUAAGUUUGUGGUGGAUGGCGAUGGCGAUACAAGCAACUUCGAUGACUAUCCCGAAACGGAUUGGAAGUCGGCCCGUUCCCUGGACAAACUGGAGAUGCAGCUCUUCGAAGACUUCUAGGCGUGUCUGGCGGAAUGGUGUGUUGUCCUCCGUAUAACUCUAAAUGUUACUGCUUAAGAGUUCAACAGAUAGGCGGGAGGAAAUGCGCAUUAGCGAUUCGUGUAGAUAGCCUUAGCAUAGGACCUUCCCUUUUUGCGUACGAAUCUUUGGAUGGAAAGAUGCACGACGGGCCGUUAGCGUCACGUCACAUAGUCGAUAGGAUUAGAGGCGUGGCAUAGUGGUGCCGUAUCGCGUUUGCUUCAGUUACGAAACAUUCAAAAAGUGUUUUUUUAAUGCAUAAGUUUUAACCCACUUGUGGACUGUGAUAGGAAAGGUGCAGCAGGGCGUGCGUGUGUGCGUGCGUAUGUGCAUGCGGCCCGACGCUACUACGAAGGUUAUGUUAUCCACGUAUGGUCGUCAAUCCCGGUUAAGUGUUACUCAUCAUGGCCGUCAGAAACAACAUAGAAACCCGCCAUCAGCCAUGGGCAGAUACCCAUUAUUACACAAGUUUAUGACGAUAAAGUGUAGUGUGUUGUUUGUGUCAAAUAUAUGAGUG